GUGAAUACCAAAAGUUGCAGCUCGUGAACAAAAAUUAUUUUUCGCUUACGUUAAUACGGUAAUAGGGUAUUUUCUUGAGGAAAUUGUUGGUUACGGAUGUACUAAAAGAUCUUCGCAUAAAAAAAGUCGGAAUUUAAAUAAAUUUAAAAAAAUUGUGAUACAAAGAAUUUCUAAUCCCAUAAAUUCCCUUAUCUGAAAACUAAAGUAAUCGCAGCGAAGACAUCAAGAUGAAUGCUGGUGCCUAUUCUCGUGAUCAUGAAACUCGCCAAACCGUUUUUAACACGGAUGUCGAUGGAAUAAUGGAUGAGAACGAGGCGACUCCUCUCCUUCGUCACUUCCAUCGUGUUAGUGCUCGCGGUGUGAAUUCCAUCACCAUCGCCAUUAUCGCUGGCUUGACUCUGCUGUUCGUAACAGCUUUGGGCAUCGGGAUAUACCUGCUGGUGGUGCAGAACCAUUCCGAAAACGUUCUGCCACCCGUUAACGUGGAGGAGCCGUAUGUGUACGUGUCUCGUUCCGAGUGGGAUGAUGAUGCUAAGCCCUCCUCCGAACAUUUCAAGGCCCAGCAAGUGGUCUUGCUCCAAACCGACACUCGCCAAUGCUGGGAUCUCGAAGGAUGUCUACUGGUGCUCAAAGAUAUGAAGGCCGCAUUGGGACCGAACAGGACUCUGCCCUACAACUUCCUGGUCGCUGACGGAAUAGUUUAUGAGAACAUCGGAUUUCAUACUUCGGCCUUGCCUGAGCUAUCGGCUAUAGUGGUCGCCUUUAUAGGUAAUUUCUACCAUGUGCCACCUACCAUUGAGCAAAUUAACACGGCGAAGAAUCUCCUGAGGGCCGCAGUGAAGGAUAAGAAUUUAGAGGAGUCCUAUACUAUCAUAGGGAAGGCAACCGAUGUGCUACCGAAAUUUUUGUUCCGUAGCUUCGAAAAUUUGCCCCAAUGGAAUCGUAAAUUAUCUGAUGAUUUUUAAAUUCAUCAUCUCUGUUUAGUAUUUAAGAUGUUUAUGUGUCUAUUAUAGUCAACGAUUGUUCGACUCGUUAGUGUAAUAGGGUUGCCAACUGUAUUGGUGGCGUAACUUCAUGUCUUCACUCCUAUCUCUCUCUGGUAAGAUAACAAAUGGUGUCUAAAGCUGGUUGAAUUCCAAAGCAUUCCUUUUAGUGUAAUGUUAUUUAAUUAGUCCUACGGCUAUAUUUUAGCCACUGGUUGUCUGUCACAAGGUAAUGCUCAAGUUUAACUGAUAUAACUAGGUGCUGCUUGGUAUUCCUUUGGGCUGAUUAUAUUGUAGGUAUAUUUAUUUUAUGAGUAGUUUGUAAGUAUGUUAAUUUUUGUGAUAUUAUUACUAUUUCGAUUAAUUAGAAUAUUUUAAUAAGUUUACUGACUGAUAUUUGUCCAUAUGUAUUUAAUAUAUAUGAUAUAUUAUCUACUUAGUAAAUUUUCCUUAUACGUACUAACAUUGAACUGAUUAUUAUGUAAAACUUUGAUAAUGUUUUAGAAAAAAAAAAAUGUUUAAAUUUCGAAUUGUUAUUAGAUUGUAUGAAUAGUUUAAAUCUAAGUCCUCGACAAUAUCAUUAAAUGUAACCUUAACGUCUAUGAACAAGGAAGCUUAACAGGUAAGAAUUAUUUUAUAAAUAUCGCAUAAUCCUUAUUUCUUAAUGGUUUCUAUAGGAAUUACCAAAGAUAACGAACAUUUUUGGCUAUAGGGUAACAGAUAUUUAGUGCAGGGUUUUUUGACAAAGUCACAGGUGAAAGCUAGUUUAUAUAAUGCACGAGAACGUUAUUUAAAUUACCAAAAAUACAAAACAAAAAAGAAAAAAAGUAAUAAAUACAUAUAUAAAUAUAUAAAAUAUUAAAGAAAAUUUCAUCAAUCAGCAAUGGUAAAGUUCAAUAUGUACGGAAUCUCUAAAAUCCCAAUAAUUUCGAACUUAAAAUCUUAUAGACCUAUCUACUUAUUAAUUGUAUUUAUAUAACAUAUCUGUCUGAUAUAUAUACAUAUCGUGCUAAUAUCUUAAUAUAUUUAAAAAUAUAUAUUAUAAUUUAAUGUUUUAUAAUGCGAUGGAAUUAGAAUGAAAACACACGAUGCAUGUUUCCUACGAUCACGAAUAACUGUGUAUCUAUUAUAUCUAAUGUUGUCCAUUUUUUUGAUUUUAUUUCAUUAAACGCUAUCUAAGAAUA